AUGAUCGGAAGUCUGUGUUUAAUUCUGAGCUGCCAGGUGGAAAUUUUGCGUGGGAGGUCGAUCACUACGGUGGGUGUGGUUGACUGUUCCUUACCAGUAUCUACUCACAAGACUUUGAAGAUCAAGCAAUUCCUGGCCAAGAAACAAAAGCAGAAUCAUCCCAUUCCCCAGUGGAUUCAGAUGAUAACUGGUAAUAAAAUCAGAUACAACUCUAAGAGGACACAUUGGAGAAAAACUAAGCUGGGUUUAUAA